UCUCCACCAGGGCCCUCGGGGCCCGCCGCAGCCGGCGGUUCCGUGGUGUCCGAGUCCGCAGUGAGCUGGCCGGCGGGCGCCCGGGCCGUGCUGCGCUGCCAGAGCCCCCGCAUGGUGUGGACCCAGGACCGGCUGCACGACCGCCAGCGCGUGCUACACUGGGACCUGCGCGGCCCCGGGGGCGGCCCCGCGCGCCGCCUGCUGGACUUGUACUCGGCGGGCGAGCAGCGCGUGUACGAGGCGCGCGACCGCGGCCGCCUGCAGCUGAACCCCGCGGCCUUCGACGACGGCAACUUCUCGCUGCUCAUCCACGCGGUGGAGGAGACGGACGCGGGGCUGUACACCUGCAACCUGCACCACCACUACUGCCACCUCUACCAGAGCCUCGCUGUCCGCCUGGAGGUCACGGACGGCGCCCCCGCCACCCCCGCCUACUGGGACGGCGAGAAGGAGGUGCUAGCGGUGGCGCGCGGCGCGCCUGCGCUGCUGACCUGCGUGAACCGCGAGCACGUGUGGACCGAGCGGCACGUGGAGGAGGCGCAGCAGGUGGUGCACUGGGACCGGCAGCCGCCCGGGGUCCCGCACGACCGCGCCGACCGCCUGCUGGACCUGUACGCGUCGGGCGAGCGCCGCGCCUACGGGCCGCCCUUCCUGCGCGACCGCGUGGCCGUGGGCACGGACGCCUUUGAGCGCGGCGACUUCUCGCUGCGCAUCGAACCGCUGGAGCCCGCCGACGAGGGCACCUACUCCUGCCACCUGCACCACCACUACUGCGGCCUGCACGAGCGCCGCGUCUUUCACCUGACGGUGGCCGAACCCGACGCGGGGCCGCCCCCCCGGGGCUCGCCGGGCAACGGCUCCAGCCACAGCGGCGGCCCUGGGCCAGACCCUACGCUGGGGCGCGGCCACAGCGUCAUCAAUGUCAUCGUCCCCGAGGGCCGGGCCCACUUCUUCCAGCAGCUGGGCUACGUGUUGGCCACGCUGCUGCUCUUCAUCCUGCUGCUGGUCACCGUCCUCCUGGCCGCCCGCAGGCGCCGCGGAGGCUACGAAUACUCGGACCAGAAGUCGGGAAAGUCAAAGGGGAAGGACAUGAACUUGGGAGAGUUCGCUGUGGCUACUGGGGACCAGAUGCUUUACAGGAGUGAGGACAUCCAGCUAGAUUACAAAAACAACAUCCUGAAGGAGAGGGCGGAGCUGGCCCACAGCCCUCCACCCGCCAAGAACGUCGACCUAGACAAAGGGUUCCGGAAGGAGUAUUGCACAUAGGGCGGCCCUGGGCUCCUGGCUGGACCAGCAGCUGUGCCUCUCCUGUCUGACCCUCAGGGCGUCUCCUGAUGUCCCGGGCUUGCCCCCUUCUAGCGGCUGGCCCCGCUUUCCUGGAACUUGGCCUGGGCGUGUGCAGAGGUUGCCUCCACACUCCUCUUCCAAGGGUUUGGUGGCCGCAUAGCCCUUGCCCCUUCAGCCUUUGCUCACAGGUGGCCUUGCCCACCGCUGGCACAACAAAGAUCCCCCGGAUACCCAUCAAGCCCUCAGACCCUCCUGGCUUCUGCCCGCUGGGGGCUGAAGACAUUCCCGGAGGACACUCCCGUCAGAGCCUGGCAGUCUGGCAGCUGCGGUUAGCAUCAGGGAAGGAGUCCCCACUCCUCCCGGGACGCCGCCUGCCACUGAGGGCUUCCAAGGGCUCCUGUGCCAUGCACAAGUCCAGGCACCAUCUGUUCUGCCCGGAGACCUGGUGACUCGGCGAAUGCCAGCCCAGUCCUGGACCCGCUGUGCUGCUUUGGGCCACCUGGGGCUGCACCCCCCACCCUUUCUCUGCUUCCACCCCUACCCUAGCCUUGCUCCCAGCCACCUGACAGUCACUGGGCUCCCUGUGAUUUCUGACUUGACACUCCCCCCUCGGCCCCUGCCUGGGCUGGAGUCUGGGGCUGGGGUCACAUUUGGUUUUUGUACUGGCUGAGGACAAGGGAGGGGGUGAACGUGGUUUGGGGUGGCUGUGUUGCCACUCUCAGCACCCCAUGUUUGCGCCUGCCACCACCACAAUAAAGGCCAUAUCUGAUUUUUA